GUCGCUUUUCUUCUUGCGCGGGGCUUGCUAAAUGCCCCUACCUACCCAAGUAUGAUGGUGAUGCUUUCUCUUCCACCGAGGUCCUCCGAGUACAAGCAAACCGCCAACAUUAAUCCCACACUAUGGCUCACGAUUUCCCUCCUCUGAAGAACGAUCUGGUCCUAAGGACAGCCUGGGGUCAAAAUGUAGAACGCGCACCCAUCUGGAUCAUGAGACAAGCCGGCCGCUACCUUCCCGAGUACCAUGAAGCCAAAGGCAACCGCGAUUUUUUCGAAUGCUGCCGCGAUCCCGAAGUCGCCUCCACCCUGACCCUACAGCCUAUUGAGCGCUUUGCCGGUCUCCUCGAUGCCUCCAUCAUCUUCUCCGAUAUCCUCGUCAUUCCGCAGGCUAUGGGCAUGGUCGUUGAAAUGGUUGACAAAAAGGGCCCCCAUUUUCCCGAUCCUCUAAAAUCACCCGACGAUGGCCAGUACACCAGCGUCCUCGACAAGCAUGUCGAUGUCGCAGCCGAGCUUGACUAUGUAUACAAAGCGAUAACGUUAACUAGGAAGAAGUUGGACGGCCGCGUACCACUAAUUGGGUUUUGUGGCGCCCCUUGGACCCUAUUCUGUUACAUGGUAGAGGGUGGUGGUACGAAACUGUUUGUCGAGAGCAAAAAAUGGAUAUACAAGUACCCGCGUGAGACGUGCGCCAUGCUACAGAAAAUAUCCGAGAUCUGUGUUGAGUAUCUUGCAUUACAGGUUCAAGCUGGGGCUCAGAUGAUCCAGGUCUUCGACUCGUGGGCAGGAGAGCUAUCGCCUGCUACGUUCAAGAAGUUCAGCGAGCCUUACCUUGCCUAUAUCGCUCAGAAGCUGCCAAGUAAGCUGGCUGAUAUGGGUUUAGAAGUUGUCCCUAUGAUUGUGUUUCCGAAAGGCGCAAACCAAUCACUUGACUCUGCUUGCAAUCUAGGUUACAAUGUCGUAGGUCUAGAUUGGCUUGUAGAUCCAGCCGAUGCGGUCAAGAUUCGGGGAGAUCGCAAGAUUGUAUUUCAAGGAAACGCUGAUCCCGGUGUCCUCUAUGGCUCUAAAGAAUCCAUAUCAGAGACUGUCAAGUCCAUGGUGGAAGGCUUCGGAGGCGGCAAAGGUGGCUGGAUCGCCAACCUUGGGCAUGGUAUCACACCUUUUGUUAAGCCAGAUGAUCUUAAAUUCUAUCUGGAAGAGAUACAACGCCUGACCAGCAAGUAAAAUCUGAAAGAAACAAAAGCUCUUGUAAAUAGACAUCAAGCUCUCGGAUGUUCAUCCUUCCGGGAAGCUUCGGUUCAGGUCUAGACGGCUCCUAAAUCAAAAUUAGAAGAACCGCAUUUAUGAAAUUUAAGCUCAGUACGCUUACCAAGAUAUCUGCCACAACGGCU